GCAAAGUCCUGCGUCUGCCACGUGUGUGGCGUCCACCUGAACCGGCUGCACUCAUGCCUCUACUGUGUCUUCUUCGGCUGCUUCACAAAGAAGCAUAUUCACGAACAUGCCAAGGCAAAGCGGCACAACCUAGCCAUUGACCUUACAUAUGGAGGUAUAUACUGCUUUCUGUGCCAGGACUACAUCUAUGACAAGGACAUGGAGAUAAUUGCCAAAGAGGAACAGCAGAAAGCUUCUAAGAUGCAAGGUAUUGGAGAGAAGUUUUCAACUUGGGAACCUACCAAACGAGAGCUGGAGCUGCUCAAACACAACCCCAAAAGGAGGAAGAUCACUUCCAACUGCACCAUAGGUCUGCGAGGGCUGAUCAACCUGGGGAACACGUGCUUCAUGAACUGCAUUGUCCAGGCUCUGACCCACACGCCGCUCCUCCGCGACUUCUUCCUGUCUGACCGGCACCACUGCGAGAUGCAGAGCCCCAGCUCCUGCCUGGUGUGUGAGAUGUCCUCGCUCUUUCAGGAGUUUUAUUCCGGGCACCGGUCUCCACACAUCCCAUACAAGCUGCUGCACUUGGUGUGGACCCACGCACGCCAUCUGGCAGGCUACGAACAGCAGGACGCACAUGAGUUUCUCAUCGCCGCGCUGGACGUCCUGCACCGGCAUUGCAAAGGUGAUGACAAUGGGAAGAAGGCCAACAACCCUAAUCACUGCAACUGUAUCAUCGACCAGAUCUUCACCGGGGGGCUGCAGUCCGACGUCACCUGCCAAGUCUGCCAUGGCGUCUCCACCACCAUAGACCCCUUCUGGGACAUCAGUCUGGACCUGCCUGGCUCCUCCACUCCAUUCUGGCCCUUAAGUCCGGGGAGUGAGGGCAGCGUGGUCAACGGGGAGAGUCAUGCAUCGGGCACCACGACGCUCACGGACUGCCUGCGGAGAUUUACCAGGCCGGAGCACUUAGGGAGCAGUGCCAAGAUCAAGUGCAGCGGUUGCCAUAGCUACCAGGAGUCCACCAAGCAGCUCACCAUGAAGAAGCUGCCCAUCGUGGCCUGCUUUCACCUCAAACGGUUUGAGCACUCGGCCAAGCUGAGGCGGAAGAUCACCACGUACGUGUCUUUUCCCCUGGAACUGGACAUGACACCCUUUAUGGCCUCCAGCAAAGAGAGCAGGAUGAAUGGGCAGUACCAGCAGCCCACAGACAGUCUCAAUAAUGACAACAAGUACUCCCUGUUCGCGGUUGUGAACCAUCAAGGGACCUUGGAGAGCGGUCACUACACCAGCUUCAUCCGGCAGCACAAAGACCAGUGGUUCAAAUGUGACGAUGCCAUCAUCACCAAGGCCAGCAUCAAGGACGUGCUGGACAGCGAAGGGUACCUGCUGUUCUACCACAAACAGUUCCUGGAAUACGAGUAGCUUCAUCUGCAGUGCGUCAGAAAAAGGAGCGUGACGAGGUGGCAAGCCUCGCGAGAUGACUCCCCACCUCCCCGACUCCGUGACCCCGCCUCCCAUGCCCCGUUCUCCCGGCUGGCCCCACCGCAUGGGGAGCGGUGUCCGGUGGCCGCGUGCUGCAGAGCCUUGGAGGAGGUAGCUGAGGGGAAAGGAGCCAGGCCACCCUCACAGCUCUCCUGCGCUGCUCAGAACUCCGCGGGAUCCAGGGAUCCUCACAGCACAGGGCAGCCUCUGCCCGGUGCUUCCUUCCCACACACGGAGUUUAAGAGGCGCUCGCCGGUCAGAAAUUGUGGGUCCAUUGACACUGGAGACAGUGCUCAAGGAUGGGACUUGCGAGCACCUCUCUCUCGGGAGGGCGCUGGUGUGUAGUGUGAGCUCCUCGCCCAUUUCCUGCCGCUGUCCAGCAGCUCCAGAGCGUCCUUGCGUGGCCGCAGGCGGCUGCUCCACAGGCAGCUCGAUGUCCCCCUGCAUGUGGAAGUGUCAGCCUGGUGUCUCCUGGUGUCCUAGGAUAGGCCUUUUCUUCUCCUCCCUUCCUCGUUCCACAGGGAUGGAUUUCAUACAUGUAAUCGUAGUAAAGUGAAUGAUGAUCAAGUUUAUACUGAAGUUUAGGUGGUUUCUCCUUUAUUCUCAAGAGUGAGUCUUGCUCUCCUAACUGGUGCUGUUGCUGCUGUCCCCCCUACGGCCCCCCGGCCCCUGUGCACAGCUUUUCCUUCCUGGGAACAGCAUCGAAGGCCAUGGACUAGCUGCAACUAAGAAGGGUCCCUUGACUGUCCUAGUCCUCGGCAUUAAGAGAGUUCCUUCGCGGCUCCGUCGGCCCCCUCCCUUUUCUGUCUUCCUGGUUUUGGUCUGGUCCUGUUGCCUGUCUAGGGCUGUGUGGUGGCCGUGCAUUGCCUUUGAAGCUGAGGGCCCUGUUGGGAGCCUCUGCUGCACAUUGGCGGUGGUUUCAGUUGUAGUGGGAAAAAGUGACUAUGAUUGAGCUCAUCAGCAGACCGAAUUGCAGGUUCCUUGUCAGGUAUCUUUGCAUGAAUCUUCUGAUUCAAACCCAAACUUAGAUCGUCCAUUUCAGAGGAAUGACAGCCUGGGGGACUUGGGGCAGGAGUACAGUUCUAACCUAGCUCCUUGUCUCUCUCUGUGCCUGCUUUGUGAGAGCCGUCUAGACUGUGGGGUGUUCACCCUGCAGGAGCGGGGCAAGCUACAGCCCUGCUGCAGUGCUGCUCCUGGGGCCAGGGUGCACGUCACGCAGGCUGUGUGGGCUGCACCUUCCCUGGUGCAGGCUGUGCUCCCAGCGAGCUCGGCUGUGUGCCAGUCCUUCACUCGUGGACCAUGAAAUUUGAGUUAUGUGCAGUUUUCAGGCGUUAAGAAUCCCCCCCCCCCCGGGACUGGGAAUCAAACUCACGACCUUGUGCUUGCCAGGUAGGCGCUGUGCCGCUGAGCUAGAUCCCCAGCCCCAAGAAAUUUUUCACUUUUUGAUGAACUAUCUGAAAACAAAGACCCCUUAGCUGAGCUGCCACACAAAAGGCAGGCAGGGGACCAGUCUAGCCCAGUGCUGGGUGGUGUGGGGUGGGACAGUGAACACAAGCACCAGUCAGGAAGUGAGCAGGUUGCAGAGUAGCCGUGGUGGUGCAGUGUGUAAGCUCUUGCCCAGUGCAUUUCUCUGUUUUAUUUGUGCAUUUGAAGACUGCACGCUGAAGUGUGGCUUAGACUAGGCAUCUGCAGGGAAAUGUGGACGGGCCCACUUUUCCAGGCCUGGUCCCGUGCUGCCAGGUUCUGCAUGGCUGUGUGACUGUGCUGUGGCACUCUCUCGGGAGAAGUUGUGUCUCAAGCGGAAAAGUCUGUUGGGAAGAGACGUAGCUGAGUUGUCCUGUGAGAGUCUGAGCCGUGAAGCCCUUCGGCGCCUGUGCUGCCUGGCCUCACUGCUUGUCCGGGGACGGGUGUGACACGCAGGUGUGCGACCAGGCCGCUGCCUGACCCCGCCCCCCACCCGCCUCUGCUUGUGUACAGUGGCAUUGUUGAUCCCAGAACAUUAGAAACAGAAAGAGCCGCGUGGGUUUUUAUAGGCGUUAUUUUAAACUUUUCUACCUGGUGUCCCCUCCUCUUGUGUGGCUUGGCACUCUGGGCCAGAGGCUCAGAGUGUCGCAUUCCUGCCUGGCCUUGCCCCCCGCCAGGCCCUCAGUGCGAGGCCCCCGUGUGAUGUGCCCAUGUGCACUUGCUGUGUACACGACAGGUGUGGGCGUCUCUCCUAGCUCACUCUGGCCCCUGAGUGGGAAAAUGCUCUUCCUGUUUGCUCGGCCACCCUGUGUAGGUGUUCAGGGUGGCCCAGAGGGACUCACCCUGCUGCUCGUUCCUGCCGGAAGGUUUUGAGCAGCUGUACUUCUGAGAUUCUGUUGUCAUCUCAGCUUCCUCCUGGAGCGGUGGACUUGUACAAAGCAGACAUUUGAGGGACGCCGCAGCACAUGAAGCACCAGGAGCGGAGGGUGGCCCAAGACAGACAGACACCUCCCUCCACACCCCGGGCCCCUCCCAGCAUCACCCCAUGCUGUGUACCUGAUUGCUGUCCUACCUUGGCUUGGUGUGUUUGCUUUCCUUGUGUAAAGUUGCUGUUCUUUUGACAAUUCAAGUGACUUGUUUCAUUUACUAUAGCUGAAAACAUUGUAAGAAAAAAUUUCAAUGAUCGUGCUGUGGUUUCAGAUUUUAUUACCAAGAUGUUUACACCCUCUUCCUCCCUGUCACUCUGAGGGCCUGUUCGGCCCUCUCUGCCCCAUGGCUUGUAGUUUCCUAUGCCAUAAUAAAGCUACAUUUUAUUCUGAA